AUGACAUUUGAUCCAUCGCUUUCGUUCAUCACGUACACUUCUGCCUAUGGCAGCGAUACACAGUUGAGCUUUGAGCAGCUGGAGAGUCUUGCACAGACGAGGCUUACGCAGGGCAUCCUUUUCGGAACACGAAUUGGAGCAGCAGGUUUGGCUAUCAUCGUGCUUUGGAUGAUCACAAAGAAUCGCAAGACUCCAAUUUUUGUCAUUAAUCAGGUGUCUCUGUCCUUCCUUUUUCUACACUCAGUUCUUUACGUUGGAUAUCUGUUCCGUCAUUAUGCUUCGAUAAUUUAUAACCUGACAAUGUUUACAGACUUCGUUCCUAGAUCAGACGUUUACCUUUACGGCGCAAUUAACAUAUUUCAGGUAUUGCUUGUGAUUUCAAUCGAGGUCUCAUUGACGUAUCAAAUUCGAGUAAUUUUCAAGAGUGACAACUACAAACGGAUUGGAAGGGUACUCAUGGUGAUUUCGAUAGUGCUGGCAGUAGUAACUGCUGUCAUGUACCUUGUCACAGCGAUCAAAUCCAUGAUUACGAUUUAUUCAGAUAUUUCUGGUAACCCAGAUACCGUUCUUUUCAACGUUUCUACUAUCCUAUUAUCUUGCUCAGUUAAUUUCAUGACCCUUAUUUUAACCUCCAAGUUAUUACUAGCGAUCAGGUCGAGAAGGUUCCUAGGGUUGAAACAAUUUGAUAGCUUCCAUAUUCUCAUGAUCAUGUCCUGUCAGACACUCAUACUUCCCUCGAUCUUUUUCAUUUUAGCAUAUGCCUUGAACAAAAAUCAAGGCACAGAUACAUUAGCUAGUGUAGCAACCUUGUUAGUUACACUUUCCUUACCGCUGUCUUCUAUGUGGGCCACUGCUGCCAAUAAUUCUUCCUAUCCAACUUCCGUUAACACUCAGUAUUCAUCAUCUAUGUAUGAUACCGAAUCUGAUAGAUUUGAAAAGCCAAGCCUUUAUACCCACAGUGCGAAGUCUUCAGUAAAUUUUAAGAAAUAUCAAAAUCAUCUUUAUGAUAUCUAUCCUGUUACGAGGGAUCAGAUGGUUGACCAUGGAUGCAAUGAUGCUGACCUGGAAAAGAAUCAGACAAGAGGUACGAAUCUCUCUAUCAGGGAUGGAGAAUCUGCUCCUGGAAGGGGCGAUCGAUCAGACGUGGGCCGGUUAGAUGUGCCUGGAUAUGAUUUGAACGAUGCAAGUAGUGCUUCUAAAGACAUGAUAAACCUCAAUGUUUACACACCUAAUACUCUAGAUGAUGAAGAAGCGAGAGAGUUCUGGACGAUUAAUGACUCGAGUUAUCACCCAAGGUUGACUAAAGGAUGCUCGAAAAAGUACAGCGGAUCGAUCAAUUCAUAG